AUGGCAAGCGCGCAGUCGAUGGAGGAAGAGCUGCAGCAGAGCGUCAUGCUCUCUGAUGAGGAUGCUGGUUUUGAGACCGCAGAUUCGGCCGGUGAGGACGCGCAUACCCUCGGGGCUGUGAGGAUGGGGACUACGAGCACGGACAUUGCUGAGAAUGACACAGGUGGUAACGACGGCAUGGAGGUGGACGAAGAUGACGACGAGCUGAGCGAUCGCGACGCUUCUGGAGAGGAAAUCGACGAGGAGAUGGAUCAAGAUGCAGAGGGAGAGGAAUAUACCGAGCUUGUGGACCAACAAAUUGUCGUCAGCAACGGCCAUCAUCUGCAAAGGAACGACGAAGAUGAAGAAGACGAAGACGACAACGAUGAGGCCGACGAAGAUGGAGACGAAGGGGUCGGCGCUGUCAAGAUCAAGCCGGGAGAUACGGAUGAGGAAGAUGACGACGACGAGGACGACGAUGCGGAUGACGAUGCGGAGAGUGACGUAUCAGAUCUGCUGAGCGUGGCCGAAGACGACUCUGACGAAGAGCCCGCCUGGGAAGAGGCAAGAGGCGUAGAAGAGGAUGAUGAUGAUGAAUCGGAGACAGCUCCCUCGAAUGUUUGCAUGUUUUGUCGACAGGACGAGGAAAACGAUCCAAGCGAAGAUUUCGAGGCAUUCCUCACGUGCAUCAGAUGUAAUGAAAAUGCUCACCAGCAAUGCGCACGAGAUGCAGCGGCCAUGAGCGAACAGAACAAUGCAAAACGCUGGAAAUGCCCAGAGUGUGAUAACGGCGACUCUGACCAUGAGGAACCAGAGGACGAACGCGAGAGAGGGGCCAGCAUUGAUGGUGAAGCAAGGAAUGAGUCGCGGCUCUCUGACGCCCCUGUCGACGCAUCCCCCGGACGGGGGAUACAGGAUGGUGUAGAGUCAACAGGUGACCAGACAACCCACGCAGAGGCUUUGGGUGAGCCUCGCAUGUUGCGGAAGAGGAAGACUUCGUCUGCAGAGCCAGAAGAGGCUACUGUUACCCUGCGAAGACGACGGCGCGGCCUCUCGACAGAUGCCACGUCGGCCAACGAAGAUACUGACAGCAGGUCGGCAGAGCAGGCGAGGGGGAGCUCUCGCGCGGUUCGGCUGAAGAUCUCUCGCCCGUCCCUCGUCACCGUCGACAAGAAGCUGCCAGCGUCUCUGGUUGUGACGAUGCGUGUUCGACCGGGAAAUCUUAAGGAGAUACUUUCCCGCAGGCGGAGAGAAAGGAGGCGUUCUGGAACCAGCGGACGACGGCCGCGGACACCAGUUGCCUCAUCAGCCGGCCGGCGCAACUCUACGGCUGUUGCAACAACGCCGAGCGUACUUCAGACGCCCUUCACCACCGACUUCUACUCGACACCAUUCUACUCUCUUUUUGACAAGGAAACCGAAGAUAUGAAGGGAAAGCCCUAUGGAGGCAUCUUGACGGAAGCAGAAGCAGACACGUCAAAGACGCUGCCGCAGCCCGAGGAUCGGAAACGGUUCGACCAGGCCAAGCAACGCGCAGAAGACGAGUGGAGGGCUCGUGUUCUGCAGAUGCAGGCCGAGGUUGACGUGCCCGUUCGCAAGUCCAAGAAGUCGAGCGACAACGCGAGCCAGAUCGAGUGUAUCGAGUUUGGCGGCUGGGAGAUUGAUACCUGGUAUGCAGCGCCAUAUCCAGCCGAGUACAGCAGGAAUCGCGUGCUGUACAUUUGCGAGUUCUGUCUCAAAUACAUGAACUCGGACUAUGUGGCGUGGCGGCAUAAGCUCAAAUGCGCUGCGAAACACCCCCCGGGCGAUGAAAUCUAUCGACACGGGUCAGUGUCGGUAUUCGAGGUUGACGGCCGGAAGAACCCGGUCUACUGUCAGAACCUGUGUCUGCUGGCAAAGCUAUUUCUGGGGUCCAAGACGCUGUACUACGACGUGGAGCCGUUCUUGUUCUACGUCUUGUGCGAGUACGACGACUGCGGUUAUCAUUUCGUCGGCUACUUUUCCAAGGAGAAGCGCGCAAGCAGUCAGAAUAACGUGUCGUGCAUCUUAACCCUGCCAAUCCACCAGAGGAAGGGAUACGGCAACCUACUUAUCGAUUUCUCCUACCUCCUCACGAAAGUAGAGGAGAAGACGGGGUCACCCGAGAAGCCACUCUCGGACAUGGGGCUUGUUUCCUAUAGAAAUUACUGGCGCCUGCGGCUUUGCCGAUACUUUAUCGAGACGAUGAAGGAUGACCAGCACAAGCAAACGGGCCUCAGCAUCCGGCAGAUAUCAGAUGAUACGGGCAUGACGCCCGACGACGUGAUUGCUGCUCUGGAAGGUCUUCGAGCGCUGGUGCGAGAUCCGCAGACAAAGGUAUACGCCUUCCGGAUCGAUCUAGAGUACUGCCGACAGUAUGUGGCCAAGUGGGAGUCAAAGGGCUAUGUGCAGCUGAAGCCCGAGGCUCUCGCAUGGACGCCAUACGUGAUGGGCCGAAGCAACGCCGUCAACUUUGAGCUGGGGCCACCCAUUAACACGAUUGCCCCUCGAGAAGACGACGAGGCCAAGCUCGAGGAGGGUGUGAAUGGCAUAUCAGGAGGAGGCCACUCAAUGAUUAUGAAUGGCGACAUGAACGAAGACUCACAGCCGAGAGUCGGUUCUGCGUCGGAGAUGGGCGACUCAGCCAACAGCCACCCCGGGUUCACGCCACUCAUGUCGAUUGAGAACAAGACGGGUGCCGAAGACAAGGAGAACGCGGAGCCGCGAGACGAAGCCAUGGAUGAUGUGCAUUCGCAGCCGGACUGGAUGUUACCAUACCGCGAUAUACCACCGAGCCGCUUCGAGGUCUUCCCGCCUGUAGCUGGUGGCCGCCGCGCUGACCGCUCGCGCCAAAGCGUAAGCAGACCAUUGGCGCCUCGCACUGGAGCAACCAGCUCUCGACCACGGCCAAAGAGGGCGGGCGGCAGUAGCCGGCGACCAACCACCAGCCGCCCCAGAAGCUCCGGGACCAGGAGAAAGACGGGCGGCACUGGUCGCGGCCCCGGCAGGUGGCCCAAGGGGACGAAGAAGUCGGACUACGGCAACGCGGAUAGCGGGCCGGGGUUGCCCCCUGGCUGGAGAGACAAGAUCACCCACGCGCCGGAAAAGGGCACGGACGGUGACCGCAGCGUCACGGCGUCGAUGGGCGAGGAAGAGCCGGCCAAGGACGAAGCGAUUGAGCGGUCCGGUAGCCGCGGUGUGAACGGCAGAGGCGCAGAUGGCGAGGUGGGGGAAGAAGAGGAUGAACUGGACGUUGAUGCCGAAGGUGAAGACGAGUAA